AAAAAAAAAAAAGAACAGAAAAUUAAAAAAUUAAUAUUGAAAAAAUGGUGAUGUCGGAAGUACGAUGGAACAGUAGCCGAACUGAAGAUAAUAAUAAUUCUUUUAAAAGAAAUUUAUUAAAAACUUCACAUCAAACUAGUUCACAUUUAUUACCGAAUCGAUAUAUAAGUCGUAGUCGUUUAUCGAGAUCACCAUCACCACCUCAUUCAAGUGUAUCGGAAGAUGGUGAUCGUGAUAGUACUGGUCAACAUAGUGAUCGUUGUCAAUCGAAUAGUCCAGAACUAUUGGCAACUGAAUUAGAUAAUUCAACUGCUUUAAAUUUAACAAAUGAUAUUGCACGUAAUACACCACCAUCACCAGCAUCUUCAUUACAUCAUUAUCAUCAUUUGCCGUAUAGUCAUCGAACAUCAUCACCAUCGCCUUCUAUACCACCACAAGGUGUUUGCCCAAUACCAAUAACAACAUCGACUACAACAUCAGUAUCAGGUUCUGGAACAAUACCACCACCAUUAAAUUUACAGCCAGGUUUAAUGCCAAAUGCAUUAGGAUCACUUUUUUUACAAAGACCAUUAUUAGGAGCACCACCCGGUAUUAAUCCAUCAUUAUCACCACAAGAGUAUACGUCAGCGUUACAAUUACAAACACAACAAAUUUAUUUAGAAUUACUUAGAACAAGUAGUCUUGCAGCUACUCCACCAUCAUCAUUAGGUAUUGUUGGUGCAAAUGGUAGUCCAUCUCCUGGUACAAUUAAUUUAUCAAAUCAAGAUGAUGAUUCAACAAUUAAAACGGCACAGUUCCUUAUACAAAAUCAUGUACAAGUAUUACAACAACAAUUACAAGCAUUACAAAAGCAACGUGAAUUUAAAUCACAGCAACAGCAACAACAGCAUCAACAACAACAAAAUAUUCUUACAACACCAAUUGCAACAACAAUUACUAAUAGUCCAAUUAAUAGUCCCGCAAGUAGUCCUAUUCAUAGUGGUUCAACAGUAUUACCUUUUACUGCAAAUAGUCAAACAACGCCACCUAAUAGUAAUAUUGGGAAUUUACAACAAGUUAGUGGAAUUUUAACGCCAAAUACACCUGGAAGUGGUAUACAAACACCACAGAUGGCAAAACAUUUAUCGGGGACACCAAGACCCGGUGAACCAUCACCUGAAGAAACAACAGAUCUCGAAGAAUUGGAAAAAUUUGCAAAAACUUUUAAACAACGUCGUAUUAAAUUAGGAUUUACACAAGGUGAUGUUGGAUUAGCAAUGGGUAAACUAUAUGGAAAUGAUUUCUCUCAAACGACAAUAUCAAGAUUUGAAGCAUUAAAUUUAAGUUUUAAAAAUAUGUGUAAAUUGAAACCGUUAUUACAAAAAUGGUUAGAAGAUGCCGAUAGAACAAUUCAAAGUACAGGAGGUGUAUUUGAUCCUGCUGCUUUACAAACAACUGUAACAACACCUGAAAUAAUGGGUAGACGCCGAAAGAAACGUACAUCAAUUGAAACAUCUGUACGUGGUGCACUUGAAAAAUCAUUUAUGCAAAAUCAAAAACCAACUAGCGAAGAAAUUUCAACAUUAGCUGAUCAAUUGUGUAUGGAAAAAGAAGUUGUUCGAGUUUGGUUUUGUAAUAGAAGGCAAAAAGAAAAACGUGUUAAUCCUGCUCUUGAUAGUCCGACAGGUGCUAAUGGUAGUGAAUCACCUUUCCUCAUGUUACAUUAGAAUAUUGAAAAAAGAAAAACACAAAAACAAAAAAUUUAUGACUCCUUGAAUUUAAAGAAAAAGGAAAAAAGAGCACAAAAUAAGCAAUUUUUGUUAUAUUGUAUAACACUAAUUAAAUGCGAACAUUUUUAUAUAUAUAUAUAUAUACUUACGUGUGUAUAACAAAUAUAAACAUUUCGACAUUGAUUAUCAAUAACAGGUAUUUGAAAACACAUCAUCAUAUAGUUAAAUUUUUAAGGUAAAACAAAAACACAAAAUUAUUUAACUAUUUAAAUAUUAAAUUUAUGUUAAUAUUAGUAAUUUAUUUCUUAGGCAAUAACAAAA